GCUCUUGUGAACAGGUGCAGAUCCUAAGUCCUCCUGUGCCCUUUACACUUUAGACACGGAUCCAGCAACGAUGAUCACGGUGUUCUUCACAGCCCUUCCCGGGCUGCUGCUUCUACCCUUGCUCAUAAGCUUCAUCUUCCCAUAUAUCUUUCAGGACAUUGCCCACCUCAUCACUGUGGUGCGCUUUGGCAUCAGAGGCAAAAAGCAGGUGACGAAGACCCCGGCGCACACAGUGGUGGACAUCUUCUUGGAGCAGGUAGAAAAGUCUCCGGACAAGCCCUUUGUCAUCUACCAAGAGGAGGUGUACACUUACUCCGAGAUAGACCGGCUCAGCAACCAGGCAGCCCGGGCUCUGCGCAAGCAUGCUGGGGUCAAGUCUGGGGACUGUGUGGCCAUAUACAUGAGCAAUGCCCCCGCUUACAUUUGGAUCUGGCUCGGGGUGGCAAAGUUGGGCUGUGCACUGUCCUGCCUCAAUAAUAACAUCAGGUCCCAUUCAUUCCUGCACUGCUUCAAGAGCAGCGGAGCCAAGAUCCUCCUAGUGGAGCCAGAGCUCAAGGAUGCCGUUGAUGAAGUCAUGCCCGAGCUCAGGAAAGAAAAUGUCAGAGUUUUCUACAUAACUGAAACACCCGUCAGUGAAGAAACAGAAACAUUCCUUGACAAAGUCAAAGCAGCUUCUUGUGACUCUGUUCCAAAAUCCUUGAGGUCAUUUGUUGGGGGGAAAACACUGGCCAUGUAUAUUUACACAUCUGGAACCACAGGACUUCCAAAAGCAGCUAUUAUAAAUCAUCAACGAAUCAGUAUGGCUAGUGGCAUGUUUGAAUUUUGCCAUGUCCGACCUAGAGACAUUGUGUACAUUACCCUCCCACUGUACCACAGCUCUGCUAUGUUGAUUGGAGUCCACGGUUCUAUUCUUAAAGGUGCCACUAUAGUCUUGCGCAAGAAGUUUUCAGCCAGCCAGUUUUGGGAUGAUUGUAGAAAAUACAAUGUGACUGUUGUGCAGUACAUUGGGGAAGUGCUGAGAUACCUCUGUAACGUCCCUAAGUCAGAUGACGAUGCGUCACAUAAUGUCCGGAUGGCUAUUGGGAAUGGCCUGCGGACUGAUGUCUGGAGUGAGUUUCUGAGAAGAUUCGGCGACAUUCAAAUGUAUGAGUUUUAUGCUGCUACUGAAGGAAAUGUUUUCUUCUUGAAUUACACUAACACAGUUGGCGCAGUAGGAAGAGCAACUUCCUUACACAGAAUAUUUAUGCCUUAUGCGUUCAUCAAAUAUGACAUUGAAAAGGAUGAGCCUAUGAGAGAUGCCAAGGAACGCUGUAUUAAAGCAAAGAAAGGUCAGCCUGGACUUCUUAUCAGCAAGAUCACACCACUUUCUCCAUUUGGAGGCUAUGCUGGAGACAAAUCUCACACAGAAAAGAAAAUCUUGAGGGAUGUGUUCCGGAAAGGAGACAUGUAUUUUAACACUGGGGAUAUUCUAAUGGUGGAUGAGCAAAACUUUGUUUAUUUCCAUGACAGAGUAGGAGACACUUUCAGGUGGAAAGGAGAAAACGUCGCUACUACAGAGGUCGCUGAUAUUUUAGGUCUUAUCACUUUCAUUGAAGAAGUGAAUGUGUAUGGAGUACCUGUCCCAAAUCAUGAAGGCAGAAUAGGAAUGGCCACUCUUAAAUUGAGAGAGUAUGAAACGUUUGAUGGUAGAAAGUUGUACGCUCAUGUCCGAGACUUUCUCCCGAAUUAUGCACGACCGCGCUUUAUUCGCGUUCAGAAAGAGCUAGAGAUCACAGGAACCUUCAAACAGCGCAAAGUGGAGCUUGUUAAAGAAGGGUUCGAUCCGGCUAACAUUACCGACCCCCUUUACUUUCUGGACGAGAGAGAAAAGAAAUACGUCCCCAUGACCCAGACUAUAUAUGAAGAUAUAAAAAAUAAAAGACUCAAAAUGUGAGACUACGAAUAACGGGACAGCUUUGGUUUCUCUGAAUUCAUCAUACCCUGGAUGUUAACACUGUGACUAGAUUAUUUUCUAUAAAAAGAGAUUGGUAAUGUAAGUAUAUGUUUGUACUUUCUUAGGAGGGUUACUUAGUAACAACAUCAAUUCCAUCAGGAUGAUAUUUAGUGCCCCAUUGGGGCCAAUUUGUACGUGGUGACCCUCUGAACGGGUUACAAAAAUAAACAACAUGAGCGGCUUGUGUUGUAAUACAGCUGCAAUACCCAGCACUGCUCAUUUAGAGCAAUCUUUGUAAGACAUUACAAGAUAUGAAACUGCUUGCCCUUUAAAAGGAAAACUAGAGAGACAGACACGGCAGGACAUGAUGGACUACAGUUACCAAAUAGACUUAUGCAGGAAAGGCGUUAUGAAAAUACUGUAAGCAUACUGUAAACAGACAUUUGCCAGAAUUGCAGGAUAGUAGCCCUUGACCCCAUCUUGAAGCUGUGAUAAUUAGAUAUGUCUGAUAUAUUAGACGAGUAAUCAAAAUCCCUUACAAAGUGAUAGCACUGGCAAUAAACCAUGAAACUGGUACACUUGCUGCCUACUGCUCGGAUACGGUGGUGCUCAAGAUGAUAGAAAGUCUCUUUGUAAAAUCCACUGCCAGCUCAAUCACACAUUGCAACUCAGAAGGUCGUUUUAGGUGCUAAGGCAGGUAUACAGCAAGAAACAAACAUAUGGGGGUCAUUUACUAAGCUGAAAUACGCCUAAAUUAGGGGUAUUUCAGGCGCAGAUGGUGGCACAAUGGACAAUGUUUAGUUGCGCCGCUAUCUGUGACUUCGCUCUGCUCACGCCAGUUCUACAAUUGUGGGUGUAGAAAAAGGUCUAAAUGUAAGAGAGCUAGGAAGCUGUCUUACAUUUAGAACUGGCACUGGAUGCACCGAAGUUAUGUAGAGGCCUGCGCCUCUUCGUAACUUAAGCGGAUCUCCACCAGUUUAGGGGUUUAUCUAAAAUGUUGAUUUUAAUAAAUGGGCCCCAUGGAGUUCAGUAACCUCACCAGGGAUUACCCCGAGUUGGUACUUGUUUGAUAAUGUCUGCUCCUCAGGAUGGUGUCACAUACUGUUUCUUUUCUGCCAUUCUUUAGGGGUUUUGUGGCUGCAAUGCUAAAUAAUUGCAGUCUAUGAGAGAAGCAAUCAGAUGAUCACAUGUUCUAGCCCGCCAGAGAAAAGUGUAUAGAAUAAAAUAAAGAGAUAAAAAUUAAAAUCAAUACAAACAAUAAAAUAUAAAGAUCAUUGGUAUUGCCGCAUCAUAAAAUGCCCAUACUAUAAAACUCUACGGUGAACGUUAUACCGGAAAGAAAUCAAAUGGCUGAUUCGCCUUUUUUUGCUGCUUCACCUCCACAAAAAUGGAAUAUAAAGUGAUACACAUCCCAAAAUAAUGAAAAAUACAGAUCAUCCUACAAAAAAAUGAGCCCUUACACAGAUCUGUGGAUGUAAAUGUAAAAAGGUCAUGGCGAUGCAAAUAAAAAAAAAAAUACUUUAUUCAAAGGUCCAAGUUUUCCAAUUCCCCCCAUUUGGAUUUUUUGUUUCCAGUUUCCAACUACAUUGUAUGCAAUAUUAAAUGGUGCCAUUUGAAAUUACAACUUGUCCCACAAAAAACAAGCCCUCAUACAUGUAUGUAAAUGGGAAAAUAGAGCUAUGGCUCUAAGAAGGCAGGGAGUACAAAAAAAAAGAAAAAAAAGAAAAUCGCUUAGUCAGGAAAGGGUUAAAAACUCCAGACGCUAAAAGACACUUUAUGUGCAAAAACUCUACAAAAAUGUUGAUCAUAUCAGGUGUUUUUUGGCCCAAAAAUGGAGACUUAUCAAAACUGGUGCAAAGGAAAACUGGCUUAGUUGCCCAUAGCGACCAAUCAUAUUACAACUUUUAUUUUCCAAAGAAGCACUGAAAAAUGAAAGGUGGACUCUGAUUGGUUCUUAUGGGCAACUAAGUUUUCCUUUGCAGCAGUUUUGAUAAAUCUCCCCCAUGUGUUUGUCUCUCUUUGUAUCCUUACAGUAGCACCUAAAUGAAGACCUGCCGGCUUGUCAAUCAGUGAAUGCUGUGAUUCUAUUCUAUGUGAAAUAUCAUGUGACCACUAGGAUCUUCUGUGUUCAGUAUUCAAAUGUCUAGGUCUUAUCUUGUCUGGUCAUUGGUGGCUGGAAUCAAGGGGUUUCCUGGCUUGUUAAUAAUAAUAAAAUAAAAAAGUUACAAUUAAAAACAUAGGCUCUGCAUGGUGUAACAUAAAAAUUAAGUGAUGCCCAAUUAACCAAUUCAUUGCCACUUCUCUCCCACUGUUCUCUACUUCCUGGUCCCUCCCAACACACAGGAAAUGACCGUUCAGCCAAUCACUAGCCGAUGCUGACAGUGAUGGGCUGAGCAGUCAUUUACUAUGUGUAAAGAGACGGGUGGGGGACCGUGAAGUGUCAGAAUGGCAGGGGAUUGGUAAGGUGGGUAGCUCUUAUUUUAUUAUUUUACACAGAGCCUUUUAUAAAAAAAAAAUAAGUAAAAUACACUUCCAGACAACUCUUUAAAGGUUAAUGCUCCACAGGCUACAAACACAUUAUACAUUCGUAACAUUCCUAACUAUUGAAUAUUAAAUGGUCAUUUUAAAGGGCUUCUGUCACCCCACUAAAGUGU